AUGGGUAUCACGGGGAUCCGCACUGCUUUGAAGGUCGAUCUAGAGAAGCAUGCCCGCGAACAGCCUGGGCUACACAACCGGUGGCACCCAGAUAUUCCGGCCUGUGCAAAGAUCGCCAAUAACGAGGUUGUCAAGAUCGAGUGUCUCGACUGGACGGGAGGACAGAUCAAGAACAACGACUCAGCUGAUGAUGUGAAGAAUGUUGAUCUCACCGAGAUCCACUAUCUUUCUGGUCCAUUCGAUAUCGAGACCGCGGAACCAGGCGAUGUCUUAGUGGUUGAGAUUCAAGAUGUCCAGCCCUUCCAAGAGCAGCCUUGGGGCUUUACUGGUAUCUUCGACAAACAGAAUGGUGGUGGCUUUUUGGAUGAGCUGUACCCGAAAGCUGCAAAGGCGAUUUGGGACUUUGAAGGUAUUUUCUGCUCUUCGCGGCACAUUCCUCACGUGCGCUUUGCAGGUUUAAUUCAUCCUGGAAUCUUGGGAUGUGCGCCUUCGGCGGAGGUCCUUGCUGAAUGGAACCGUCGCGAGGGCGAACUGAUUUCUGCAAACACCAUCGAGGAUCGUAUCGUUGCGCAGCCACCAACCCCCCAAAACACCCAUGCUGGUAGUUCUUCUGAAGAUAUUAAGGAGAAGGUUGCGAGGGAGGGAGCAAGAACAAUCCCGGGUCGGCCUGAGCACGGAGGUAACUGCGACAUCAAAAAUCUCUCCCGGGGCUCCAAGGUGUAUCUGCCCGUUCAUGUUCCAGGCGCAAAGUUCUCCGUUGGAGAUCUCCACUUCUCCCAGGGAGAUGGUGAGAUCUCAUUCUGUGGUGCAAUCGAGAUGGCGGGUGUGAUCACACUGAAGUUCUCUGUUAUCAAGAACGGCAUGGCGAAGCUGGAUAUGAAAUCACCGAUUUUCCACGCUGGACCCGUUGAGCCUCAAUUCGGCCCUGGGCGCUAUCUCACAUUUGAAGGAUUUUCCGUCGAUGAGAAUGGCAAGCAGCAUUAUCUGGAUGCCACGGUGGCCUAUCGACAGACCUGUCUGCGUGUCAUGGAAUACCUCCGACGAUUCGGGUACAGCGAUUACCAGAUUUACUUGCUGCUUAGCUGUGCCCCUGUUCAAGGACAUAUUGCUGGUAUCGUUGAUAUACCGAAUGCCUGUACCACUCUCAGUGUCCCGAUGGAUAUAUUUGACUUUGAUAUCAGGCCCGAGGCUGAGGUGUCGAAGAAGGAUAUGGGAAUUUGUGCAUUUGCUAGUGAGUAA